AUGACGACCGAGCUGCCUACCACCGUGAGCGGCGGCUGCCUCUGCGAAGGCGUCCGCUACACCAUCACCUUCCCCCCCGACCAUGAUUUUCUGCGCGCCGCCUCGACCUGCCAGUGCUCGCAGUGCCGCAAGCAGACCGGCGCCCUCAUCUUCCGCGCGCACAAGGUGCCGCGCGCCGGCCUCGUGUGGACAUCGCGCGCGACGCUGCGCACCUACCGGGCGUCUGCCAACGCGGAGCGCGGCUUCUGCGGGGCGUGCGGCGGGAUGCUCUUCUGGGCCGCCGACGGGGAGGACCGGGUGAGCGUGUGCGUGGGCUCGCUGGACGGGGAGGCGCUGAGCAGGUACGGGAGGGCGCUGACGUACGCGGAGAGGCACCUGUACUGCGUCAACGAGAUAGAGGGCGUGACGGACCACUUGCCGGGGAGGAGGUACCAGGGGGAUGAUUAA